AGCGUCAUGGUCCCAGCGGCAUCGACCACAAAUAUAUUCCUAAAAAAGAAAUUGAAAAAGGUGGGAAUUGAAUCCGGAAUGAUCGAAUUGGGGUGCAGAAUUGGCAUCAUCAUUGUUGCAAUCGGUGAUUGGAUGACUGGCCUCGUUAAUGGAUCACAUCCUAAUUGCACUGCACGUCACAUGUUCGACGAAUUGCCCAAGAGAGAAAUGCCAUGGUUCGAGUGGGAAAUGGGACAGCUUUUUGUAAUCCUUCUCAAUUGGAUAGACUCGAAGGGUUUUUUGUUUUCCGAAUCAUGCAACUUAAUUCAGAAUAUGCGAAGAAAUAUGUAGUAGAUACAUGACUACUGGAGUCACCCCUUGCCAAGUCUUCUCUCUCUCUCUCUC